AUGACAACGGCAGAAGAGAGCCUAGCGGCUUUCAGGGAUAAGAAGCAACGCUACUUUGAGUCUACCGAGCUCGGUCGAUCACGACCGGACCAGAGUUCGAGGACACCAUCCGGAACAUGUGGCAGCAGGAACAAGAUACCGGUCGAUUGGAGGGGGCCAGGGAAGUCAGGAAGCUUCACGGACUACGGGAGAGCUGCACGGCGCCGCCUGGCUGAGCAUGGCUUCCACGAGGCCUUUCGACUGCUCAAGGACCCUCGGCGGCAAGAUGAGCGGGCGACGUCGAUCGAGUACCUCGGGUUCGAAUACUGGUGGCUGGAUGCAGACGCCAAAACUGUCCAGCGUCACAAGCCGUCGCAUGACGCUGCCUGGGAAGAGCUUGUGCAAUUCGGAGUCCUGGAAGCUAGCGCGGAGGACUUGUUCACACAUUUGGCUGGUGAACCCGACCAGCAAACCACACCACGGGAUGAAGCCAUCCAGCACUUUAUGCGACAGACAAGGGCGUACCGUGAUGCCACGGUAGUCGAGUCUAGCCAAUCUCUACGGAUCCAGUGGGCUUUGAGUCAGAUACCGGCCGCAACCAAGCCAAUCGCGAGGACGGGAAAGCGACGGCUUCAGGAGGAUGAGGAUGCCCUGGACGAGGCCGUGGAGCAGCGGCCGGCCGCGAAGAAGCAGAGAACGGAGCCGGAGCGGAAACAGGAUGGAGGAGUCUCGGCGGGAAAGGGCAACGGCUGCACGGAGGCGGAACACGAAUCAGGCGUCGGGGCUCUUGACGCUGACAAGCCCCUCAUGGGAGCUCAAGGGGGGGAGACGCAGCACUUGUAUAAAGCAUGCCAAAGAACGGGGUAA